AUUUUAACAACGAACUCGGAAUAAAAAAGCUUUUGACAGAGAGAACGACCAUAAUUCAAUUAGGGAAGUACUUUCACAAACCGGAGAAGAUUAUCGGAGAUCGCAAACUAUGGCCGGACGAGAUCGUUAUAUUCCAUCAUCAGCAGUUUCAACUUCAUCAUCUUCAAGAUUAUUAGAAUCUCAAUUAAUCGAAUCCGAUCGAAAUCGAGCUCGAUCUGUAAUCCUCGAGGAUCGAAUCGCAAUCCAACACCGUGAAAUCCAAUCUCUUCUCAACGACAAUCAACGAUUAGCUGUAGCACACAUCGGACUCAAAGACCAGCUCAAUGUAGCUAAGCGUGAGCUCGAACGGUUACUUGAAACCGCUGUUAAAGUUAAAGCGGAAGGAGAAGCUAAAGUGCGUGAGGUUUAUCAGAAUGCGUUGAGAAUGGAGGCGGAGGCUCGUGUGAUUGAUGGACUUGGAGCUGAGCUUGGUCAGGUUAGGUCUGAUGUACAGAGGUUAGGUAGUGAUAGACAGGAGUUAGCUACGGAAUUGGCUAUGUUUGAUGAUGAGAUGGCUAAGGCUAAACCGAAUUCGGAUCGAGCUAUUGAGGUUAAAUUGGAGAUUGAGAUUCUUCGAGGAGAGAUUCGUAAAGGAAGGUGAAAAUUUGAAUUCUCUUUGUUGUUUUUGUUGGAACAUUGGAUUUGUUAUCUUGUAGUGUAUACUCAUAUGAUGGUUUUUUGGAUGCUUAUGGAGUAGUAAUGAAUUUGUUUGAGGUUUGGGAUAUGAAACAGGGCUGCUCUUGAGCUGGAGAAGAAGACACGAGCUAGUAACCUUCACCAUGAGCGCGGUAUGGAGAAGACUAUCGAUCAUUUGAAUCGAGAGAUUGUAAAACUUGAGGAAGAAUUGGUUGAUCUGGAGACUAAAGCUAGAGAAGCAAAUGCAGCUGCUGAGGCAGCUCCAACCCCAAGUCCUGGAUUGGCUGCAAGUUAUGGAAACAACACCGAUGAUAUAUAUGGAGGUCAAGGCCGGCAAUACCCGGAGGCUAAUGGUACUCAUGAGGUACACAUGAGUCUAUAGAUAAGUAGUAACUUUACGUGAUCAUCUGUUAGAAGUUCUCCUAAUUUAGCAUUAUUAUGGAGAAGGAGAAGAUUGGACUAAUUGUUUGUAAUGAUUGGCAUACCAAGUUCUGAUUGUCUUACAUUCUGAACUGAUAUCUUAGCAAAAUAGCUAGUUCUCAGGGAAAAAAGUUAUGUUCAUAGGUUAGUAAGUGUCCAACUUGUACAAGUAUCCGUUGGUUAGUGAGAAUUGUUGUAAACUCAUAAUUGACUGAAUUCAACGCUUAUGAUAAGAUUGCGGUUUUACUUUAACAUUGUUCGAUUCUAGUAGUGUUUAACAUCACACAAAUAUACACUUCAGGCAUAUAGAGCAUCGGAUUGUCUCUCUCAAGACCCAUCUACUCCAUUGCAGCAUCCUCUGAAUAAUACUCAACAUUCUAGUGUGUUGUGAUAGUGUCUUGCUUACGUUUGAAUAGGCCAGCCAUAUACUUGAUUUGACAAUUUUUGUUUUAGUGUAUCUUAUUUAGCGAGUGUAUUCAACCAAAUAAUUUAUUUGAUUGAAGUUCGAAGAAUUUUUCUACUCUGUAUUCUCAGUUCGAUUUUUGAGGUUUACAUUAAUUUACAUACCUCAUCCAACUAUAAACAAACAAGGACAAGAGUUUGUGGUCCUUUUAGAAUUACAAAUUUUUAAAACUAUUCCAUUU